CAAUUCAUUUAUCUGCAGGAAUGAUUGCGACUAUCAGUCUAGAGCUCACUGCCUGACUGAGGAGGUGAAAGUUGCGCCACAGGAAGAUAAACCGCAAAAAGACAAUAUUGCAUGUAGUAAAUACGUGGUUUUUAAAUGUGCAUCAGAUGAGCUGUACAGGGGAAUUCCUCGCGUCGUGAAAGAAAAAAAAAGUAAACAGAAAAUUCGGUGGAUUCGAGUUCAGAAGAGAUAAACCGCAGAGAGAGAGGAGGAGGAAGAAUAUCUGCGCGUGUUUUCAUUGAGUUCUGCGCUCAGUCGUCUCGAAGAGUCAAGACUGAAGAUGCUCUUGGACGCAGGACCACAGUAUCCCACCAUAGGAGUCACUACUUUCGGCUCCUCUCGGCAUCACUCAACAGGAGAGGUGGCGGAGCGGGAAGUGGCGCUUGGGAUCAACCCGUUCGCGGAUGGCAUGGGCGCCUUCAAGAUCAACCACAGCUCCCACGACAUCGGCUCGGGGCAGGCGGCGUUCUCAUCACAGGCUCCCGGAUAUGCGGCAGCGGCCGCCCUGGGACACCAUCACCACCCGACGCACGUUGGUUCCUACUCAACGGCGGCGUUUAACUCCACCAGGGACUUUUUGUUCAGAAAUCGAGGCUUCGGGGACGCGACCGGGGCACAGCACAGUCUGUUCGCCUCUGGAAGCUUUGCGGGGCCGCACGGACACUCGGACGCGGCGGGGCACCUGCUCUUCCCUGGACUUCACGAGCAGGCGGCGAGCCACGCGUCCUCCAACGUGGUGAACAGCCAGAUGCGGCUGGGCUUCUCAGGGGACGUGUACGGCCGGGCCGAUCAGUAUGGCCAUGUCACAAGCCCGCGCUCCGACCAUUACGCGUCCACCCAGCUGCACGGAUAUGGCCCCAUGAACAUGAAUAUGGCUGCGCACCACGGAGCCGGGGCCUUUUUCCGCUACAUGAGGCAACCCAUCAAACAGGAGCUCAUCUGCAAGUGGAUCGAACCCGAGCAGCUGACGAACCCCAAAAAGUCGUGUAACAAAACUUUCAGCACCAUGCACGAGUUGGUGACCCACCUCACGGUGGAGCAUGUUGGGGGGCCCGAGCAGACGAACCACGUCUGCUUCUGGGAGGACUGCUCCAGAGAGGGGAAGCCCUUCAAAGCCAAAUACAAACUUGUAAAUCACAUCAGAGUUCACACGGGAGAAAAGCCCUUUCCGUGCCCGUUCCCAGGCUGCGGCAAAGUGUUUGCACGAUCGGAAAACCUAAAAAUUCACAAAAGGACUCACACCGGUGAGAAGCCUUUUAAGUGUGAGUUCGACGGCUGCGACAGGAGGUUUGCAAACAGCAGCGACCGUAAGAAACACAUGCACGUCCACACGUCGGACAAGCCAUAUCUGUGCAAAAUGUGCGACAAGUCUUACACGCAUCCCAGCUCCCUCCGAAAACACAUGAAGGUCCACGAAUCCACAAACCCAGGAUCGCAGCCUUCCCCAGCGGCCAGUUCAGGGUACGAGUCCUCCACACCUCCCACCAUCGUGUCACCGUCCACAGAGAACCAGAGCAGCAGCUCCAUAUCACCAGCAGCUUCAGCGGUCCAUCACACAGCCAGCCACAGCACGCUGUCGUCAAAUUUCAAUGAAUGGUACGUGUAAAUAUUUUUGAAAAACGCAUAAAAGACAAUGGAAAAUUUUAUGAAAAGAGGAGAGGAAAAAAAAACUUCGACCUUUCUAAACAAAAAUCAGAAAGAUGGACGGAGGAAAAAAAAAGCACGGGAGGUGAAGUUAAAGACUGCCGUGAUGCAUGGACAGAAACAUGGACAGCUCCUCCUUUUACCGAGAGACUGCUGCACAGAAACAGAUCACAAAAGAAAAAGCAUGCUAUCUGCGGGUAGAGGCCUGAUUUUUCCUUUUCUUUCUUUCUUUCUUUUUUUUUUUUUUUUUUUUGUAAAUAAGGAUUUUUGCCGAACUGGAGCACACAGCAAGAAAGAAAAAAAAAUGAAAUGUAAUAUUUUAUUUUGUAAAUAUCACAGUUUUAAGGAGGAAUUUGUUAAAAUGUCAUGAAGACAUGAAAAUGGCCUCUAAGGUUACUGUGGGGGAAAGAAUGUUUCUAGUUGUGUACCAAAAUGUGAAAUAUUCAGUAUUAUCACAGUCUACACGUCGACCUAACCGACUCUUAGUAUUAAUGUGCUUUUGUAGCCUAUCCAGUGCAGCAUAUUUUUAUUUGUUUUUUUUUUUCUUUUUUUUUAUAAAUUUUUCGUCAAAUUAAGGUCCAGUUUGAAUAGCACAGAGUAUCAUUGUUGUUAUUUAAUGUCAUGUCGAUGAGUCGUGUAGUGAAAAAAAAUCGUGUCAAUCUGUUCAUGUACGUGCUAAAUAUAUAUAUAAAAAAUCUGUCAAUUGCUCUGUCUGAGAGGAAGUAUUAUUCCAUGUAAAGUAGCUGGGUUUUUCCACAUUUAUCCGCAUGUACAAGGGCCGGUAAUAUGUUAGAAAUGAUCGGUAUUUAUGGAGAAAUGCGCUCGUAUGUCAAAUUUUAGUUUACAAUAAUAUUAAUAAUAAUAAUGAAAAAAUGUUUGGAUACAUUUCGUACUAUAUUAAAGGACUGUAAAAAAUACAAAAAAAUGCAUUUCAUUGAAGGUUGAUUCUUUUUUAAUAUAUGGAAAAUUAUGGCCAAAAUAGUUCUUUUUUAUACCAAUUUAGUUACUUUGGAGGAAUUCUAAGGGAAAUAAGUUGAACUCUUCAUUAUAAGUGUGUGUGAGUUGAUAGGAGAAUGUGUGUAAUGUGAUGAGUGUGUGUGUGUGUGUGUGUGUGUGUGAGAGAGAACUUUCCUGACACUCGAUAAUAACUACUAAAUUCACUUCCCCCCUCUUUCUCUUGCUCCUGGAUCUUCUGUUUAUCCAAAAUUAACAUCCACCGCUCUGCCCUCCAGUAAUACGCAAAUUAAAUCGAUUAAUCACGGCUGUUGUUCCUCGGCGGAUAAAACCGGAGUAAGCUAUUUUGUGUUACUUAAUUGUUCGGGAAUCUAAUUUUCAAAUCUAAUUUAUUUUCUCUUUUUUUCUUCUUUUUGCGUUUUUUUUUCGUCGGACUUCCUAUCGUAGAUUAAGAUAGAGAGAGAGAGAUUGAAGGAAAGCCUGGGAGUCAAUGUGGGACCCCCCCUUUCCACCCUCCCCUUCUUCACCCACACACACUUCAUUGUUACUGGCUUCAGCUUGCUUGACCGCCCCAUUAGGCAGAGAUCACAUCAGCAGCCGCCACUGAUCAUGGUUAACACUGCCAGGGUGCACGGAUCCGCCGCUAUCUGUCAGACUGCAGAUACAUGCAACAGAAAUGAAAAAAAGAACAAAAAUGUCAACCCUUAUAUUAAAAAAAAA